AUGUUCGAGAAGGUUGCAAAUGCAACAACCUCCAAGGAAGCAUGGGAUAUUCUUCAAACUUCUUUUAAAGGUUUGGACAAAGUGAAAAAAGUUCGCCUCCAAACCUUAAGAGGAGAGUUUGAAUCAUUGCAUAUGAAGGAAAAUGAAUAUGUUGUGGAUUAUAUUUCGAGAGUUUUGGCUAUUGUCAAUCAAAUGAAAAGAUAUGGUGAAGAGUUGAAAGACGAUAGGGUCGUGGCAAAAAUACUACGAUCCUUAAUUUCAAAAUUUGAUUUUAUUGUUGUUGCCAUUGAAGAGUCCAAAGACUUGGACACCAUGACCAUAGACGAGCUUUCGAGUUCCUUGCAAGCACAUGAAGAGAAGUUGAAGAAACCGAAAGAAGAAUCGGUUGAACAAGCGUUGCAAGCAAAAUUUUCUUUCAAAGAGAAAGAUGAAAGGCGUGGCUCGCAACAAAGAGGCCGUGGAAAUGGAAGAGGUCGUGAUAACUUUGAAGAGAAAAAUAAUUUCGUGGAGAGCAAAAAUGAAGAUGAAGAUGCCACCUUGCUCCUCGCAUGCAAAGGAGAAGAAAGUACCGAGAAGCACCGAUGGUACCUUGAUUCCGGUGCAAGUAGCCAUAUUUGUGGAAAGAAGGAUUUAUUUGUGGAACUUGAAGAGUUGAAUCGUGGCACAAUCACUUUUGGAGAUUCUUCACGUGUUAAAAUCAAAGGAAAAG